UAAGCACUUGAGCACUGCAUGGAGAAGCCUCUUUUGUGUGUUAACCUUCUCCAUGGGCUUUUUUUAGCCCAUUUCAGUGUAAUGAAAGACACAAAGGGAUGAUAAGUGGGUCUGUUCGCAGUGGAAGUGCAUCCUGUGUAGCAAAUCCACUUGCAGUUGCCGAUUUGACCAAGAGAUGGUACUGUGUGUAUGCACAGACUUUACAAGGCAGUGCUGAUGGGGCAAUAUGGAAAUACUAAGACACAAAACUCACUGGACUAUGCUGUGUAAUCGACUUCUCAAAUUAUUCUUGAGUUUGUUGGAGAGCAUAGGUUUCUGCAAAGCUAUYGGUGACUCACUCCACAGUGAAAGCUGUUAGUUUCUGAUGCCUCAUUUCCUGUCUUUUGGCCAAUUAUUAUCAAUCCAGUGAUGUUCCUUUUACAUUACAGCAACUUUAAGAAUGCAUUUAGUUCAAUUCUCCAGUGCAAUAUUUUUAAAUAAUCUGCAUUAAGUACACAAAUUUAGUUGUUGUUUUUAACAUAUUUUCUCAUUUUGAAGUGGUUCCACUUUUCUGAAUUAGGCACAAGACCAAUGGAUGUACUGACUAUUUUUUUAAUAGGGGUUUAGGAUCUAAGUAGCUUGGGGCUAAUGCUGGAGAGCAGCUCUCCAACGCUUACAUUUGAAGUACAUUCUGUGCAUUGUUUAGAGCCACAUUAAGAUUUGCAUUUCCUACUUGGUGUCCCCACUGCACAGCUUCUUGAAGGAAUUGUCAGUGGYUGUCUCUAAAUGCUUUGCAUCCUGCUGUGGAGCUUUACCUCAUCUGUAGCAUGUCUUCAGUGUGGUCUGAGAGAUAAAAUGAGUCCUCAACAUCUGCACACCAGAUAAGCUGGAAAGGUGGCAACACCAUGUCCCACCCUGUACAAAGAAUAAAGCAAACAACUUUGCAAGAGGACAGUCUUUAAGAAAGCUGGAGGAAGGAUCCCACCAGAGCAAGAAGAAGCUGAGGACUUUCAUGGUGCAGGGAACCAGCCAUGGGCCAAGGUCUGAGCAUCAAAAAAUGUGAUUUCAUGAUCCCAGAGAACAACAAAAACCACCACACAGCAGAAAUCAGCACUGACAGKCUCAUGGUGAGGCGGGGGCAGCCAUUCACCAUCACUGUGAGCUUCUCAGCUCCAAUACACAACUACAUGMAGCAGAUGAAGAGGACCUUCCUCAUCGUCCAGACAGGAUCACAUCCUUCCAGAGCAGAUGAAAUCCAGAUUGAAWUUCCCAUCUCCAGCCUGGGAGACCAGAAGCAGUGGAGUGCAGCAGUGGAGGAACAGGACCCRAACUUCUGGACCCUGUGUGUGAACACACCUGCCAAUGCCCCCAUCGGCCAGUACACUCUGUUUUUACGUGCCUCCAAAUCCUCCUACAACCUGGGCAACUUCAUCCUUCUCUUUAAUCCCUGGUGUCAAGAUGAUGAGGUGUUCUUGGCUAAUGAGGCACAGCGGCAGGAGUACAUUUUAAACCAAGAUGGUGUCAUCUACCAGGGGAAUGAAAAUGCAGUCCUAGCCCAGCCCUGGGAUUUCAGUCAGUUUGAGGAGGAUAUGGUUGACAUCUGCUUCACACUGCUGGCUAUAGGGGAACUCUAUCAAAGAGAAAAGGAUCCCACCCAGCGCAGGAACCCCGUCCACGUCUGCCGUGCAGUUGCUGCCAUGCUGAACUCCAAUGAGGAUAGAAUCCUGACAGAAUGUGAGCCUGGGCAACACCCUAAUGGGAUACCCCCUUCCAAGUGGCUGGGAAGCAGCCUGAUCCUCCGCCAYUGGAUUGCAUCAAAAUGCCAGCCCGUCCGCUAUGGGCAGUGCUGGGUGUUUGCUGCAGUCCUGUGUUCAGUUCUGAGGUGCCUGGGAAUCCCUACCAGGGUGGUUACUGGCUUUACGUGGGCUCACAACACCAAGAGCAGCCUGAGUGUGGAUGARUAUUAUGAUGAAGAUGGGACACUGCUUACACAGGACAAGAGYGCUCGUGUCUGGACCUUCCAUGUUUGGAAUGAAUGUUGGAUGGCUCGGACAGACUUGCUGGUACCAGAGUACAGUGGGUGGCAGGCACUGGAUGCCACCUGCCAGGAAARGAGCAAAGGUCCAUCCUUCUGUGGGCCAGCCCCUGUUCAUGCCAUCAAGGAAGGGGACACACAAGUAGAUUACGAUGUCUGCUACUUCUUUGCUGCCAUCAAUGCCAAGUGUCAGGUCUGGAUACACAAAGCUGAUGACACCCUCAAGCCAGCUUUUGGUGGCACAAAAUACACUGGUAACAACAUCAGCACCAAGAGUGUUGGCAGUGAUCGCUGUGAGGACAUCACACAAAACUACAAGUAUCCUGAAGGUUCUCUCCAGGAAAAAAAAGUACUUGACAAAGCCUACAGAAAUAUGAAGGAACUUGAGACAACCARCAGCAGCACAGCACAAUUUAGCUCYAUUCCUACUGUUCUUGAAGAGCCAGUUAACCUUUUCAUGCACCUCCAGUCCAAUAGUUCUUUGCAACUAGGACAAGAUAUUACACUUUCCAUUGAAGUGUUUAACCACAGUGGUGGAGAAAAGGCUACUCACCUGGUAGUUGGGAUACAGGCUCUGCAUUAUAAUGGUGUGCCCAUUGCCCAGCUUUGGAAGGAAGAGUUUCAUUUUAACCUCCCAAGCAAUACAGUCCAAAACCUGCAGGUCUCYGUGCCUCACACAUGGUUUGGAAAAGAGCUGGGAGAGAACCACCUGCUCAGGCUGACUGCCGUGCUGAGAGAUGAGGACUCUUUCUACAUAUAUCUGGCACAAGAAGAGAUCAGUAUUUGUGAUCCCCCUCUCACCAUUGAGUUUCCAGAAAACAUGGUACAGUACCAGCCAAGCACAGCAAAGAUCAGCCUCCAUAACCCUCUCACYGAACCCCUGGAGCAGUGUGUGAUAGCAGUCACAGGGCGAGGGCUCAUUUACAGACAAMGGAAUUACAGGUUGGGCUCUGUGCAAGCUAAAAGCACUCAGGAGCUGCAAAUCCCAUUCACCCCCACCCGAGCAGGGCCUGGAAGACUCACUGCACGUCUUAGCUGCCUCCAGCUCCAGAACCUGAAGAGCUACAGAACUACCAACAUGGCAGCUGCCUGA